UAGCAGCACGCGCCUCAUCAUCAUUAGUUUCCUGGAUCAUUAAUAUCAAUCAUCAUUUUAUUCUUCUUUCACAUCGAAUCAUGCAUUCACGCUAUAGUGGCGCCGUUUCUGAUAAACAUAACGAACGUGUGUCAGGGCUCAUCCUAGUCUCAGUUUGCUUGAAACUCCCGAGAGUGUUGGUUCAACGUGUAAAACAACAAGUGGAUUAUUAUUUUCCUCCUCUACUAUUAUUGUUUGAGGACAAUUUCCAGGAGAUGAGGAACACUCGAGUUCAUAAUUUUUUGCCACAUCGCUGAAUGCGAUUCUAAUAUCAUCAUCAGGAUUACAGGAUCAAGAAUCAAAGAACAAGGAAAAGCUGUCAUAUAAAUAAUGACUUCUGUUCUACCUGAUCAGGAAAGAAAUGUCAUUCGAAUAAUGAAGCAGAAAUCACAAAAUCAAAAAUCACCAAAUCAUCCUGCUAGAGAGGAAACACGUUCGUUUUUAAAAUUUUCUCGGGAAAAUUUAAGUCUCUCAAAUUCAGAUAUUGAACAGGGAUUUAAUAAAACAAAAUUUCGUGUUGGCAAACACACGAUAAUUAGUGUCACAGCUCUAAUUUUGGCUUUGGCUUGUGUUGCUGUGGAAAUUUGCCGAUUAAAAUGGAUUGUGGAUAAUUCGAGGGAAAUGGAAAUUCUUAAACGAGAUGUUGAUACUUUAAAGCAUAGACUUUUGGAAGAGGAUUUGCUCGACGAAUUGAAAGCUUUUGAAGAAAAGCUUUAUUCCGAGGGAAAUGAAGAUGACGAUGAUCUUGAUAUGGAAAACAUUGAUUACGAUUAUAAUUAUGAUGACGAAUCUCAUGAUUACACUGAUGAUUAUCAAGCUCUAGGAUUGUCUACACAAUCGUCGAAUCUUUCACAAGGAUCAAAAAUGUCCAACAAUUCUGAUCACGAUCUUGAUGAAAUUUUAGUUGCCCUACGUCGAAUGGAAGUCAAACGAAGUCGUGAUCUUGAAAAGUGUUUACGGGAAAAAAUUAAAAAUGUCAAACGUGACGAAUUGGCAAAAGAGAAGAAAGAAGAAAAACACAAGUUAUAUGAUGACAAUGAAAAUGAGAAGGAAGACGAAAGAGAAAUUAAAAAAGAAGAAGAAGAAGAAGAAGGAUCUGAAGAUAGUGGGAAAAAAGUUCAAACUUCCGUGACAGUAACGAAAUUAAAUUUCACCAAUAAUGCGGAAAUAAAACAAAAAAGAUCAAUUUUAGGUGCUGAAGACAUUGACAACUAUCAAAAUGAUGAUGAAAAGGAACCUAUUUACGAGAUUCCCAAAGAAUUAUUAAUAAAAAAUCACACUCGAAAACAGAGAAAUCGAUUGAAUUUUAAUUUGACGAUUAACAAAAAUAAUAGCAAAGCCAAAAAUAAUGAUUCAAUAGGUCUAACAACGUCCAGAGAUGAUAAGCCUUUGCCGAAAAAGUUUUUUGCAAAAUCAAAAACAUCAGAAGUGCUUCAAGAGACGAAUGAACACUAUGAAAAUUCUCAAGAUGAUUUCAAUUUUUCCAGCAUUAAGAAAGAGGGUCUUGGAAUUAUAAAGAAUCGUAAAAAGCUACUUUGGGAUCGUGUCAAACACGACAAUGCGAAAAUCAAAAAACUCAAAGAGAAUUUAAAAGAAGCUAUUGCUUCAAGAUCGCAUGGCCGAGGAAUAACGAGGCGUCAUCUUAAAGUUCCUAGGCAGGUAUUUGCGGUGCAUUAUGGAGGUGAUAGUAGUCUUUUUUCUGAUAAUGAUGAACAUACGGGAAACGGAAGAGCAAAACACAGUGAAGGCAUCUUCAAGGCCUGGCAGGCAAGUGAUUGGGUAACGGAUCUUGGAAUGAACAGACAUUUCUUUUUGGCCGAAAAUGGAAAAUUAACUGUUCAGGAGCCAGGUUUAUAUCUUGCUUAUGCACAAAUUCAUUAUCUUGAUGAAAACGAUGAAAAUGGAUUUCAUAUGUUGGUUAAUGGUAGACCAAUACUCCAAUGUAUGGUUUACAGUCCGGGAACGGGACACAAAAGUCGUUCUUGCUUUUCUGCGCAAAUCACAUUUUUACAAUCAGGAGAUCACGUAGUUUUAAAAGAUGUGGCAUCCGCUAGAUAUACACUUUUCCAAAAAGACAAAAGUUUCUUUGGUCUCGUCAAACUUGGAGACUGGAGACAACAACAAAAGCAUCAGCAACAUUCAGUUCCACCUUAAAAGUAUUUUUUAAAAAAUUGGUGAGUUUUAGAAAAUUAUCUCCUAAUUUUAAUUAAAAAAUAAUAAGAGAUCAAAAUUUCGAGAUAAAUUUUGAUUUUUUUUUUUUUAAUUAAUAUAUUAUGGAGUUGGUUAUUUGAUAUUUUGAAUAUUGAGUAUUAAAAUCGACAAUUUAAUAUAAUUUUGACUAUGUUUGCGACGAUUAUUUAAUAAUUUUUAUUAUUUGAGAGAAUAAUUUAAUAAUUAUGAAUAGUUGAUAAUUUCAAAAAUUUCUAAGUCCUUGUAAUUAUUUUUUCGUUUUUAUUUACUAUAGAACUCAAUAGUUCUUUUUAAAGAAAGAAUAAUUUUAAAAGUAAAAUAUUUUUCGUUGAUUUUUUUUUUUAAAUAUAUUGUGGAAGGCAUUUUAAAAAAAUGAAUUCCUAAAUUAUAUAUCAA